AUGCAUCCAAGAAGAUUGUCCGUCGCAAGCGGUACAGCUCUGAAAAGUCUCCAACGGCGGCAUCCCUGGAUCCAAGCGGCAGCAAUAUUGGCUUGCUGGUAUGUCACCGGAGUACAUGCACAUACUCUUCGACUUAGGGUGCAACCCGGCAGGGCGGUCGGUGGGGAAGCUUUCUUGGAGCAGCCGCAGGUGGAAAUCUUGGAGGGCGAUGGUGGAGAUGUCGACGUCCUAUUUGAGGGGUACGCAACAGCUGAGAUGAUAUCUAGCCCGAGUGGGUUCUCCGUUCUGGAGAAUGAUAAUAUCACCGGUCGAGGCAGCACCGCGUAUCUCACGGACGGGAUGGGUCGGGCGACCUUUUCAGGAUUGUUCAUCAAAGAGGCUGGCGAGGGUUUUAUUUGUCGUUUUGUGGCGUUCAACAGUGCGGGUGUUGGAGUAGCCUGGACCGAUUCUGAACCCUUUGACGUUGGAGUCGGCGAGCCGUACGCCAUUGCAUUGAGUACUUCUGUGGGGCGAAUGAACGGAGGCUCUACCUUCGACAUCCCCCCCGUCAUAUCCAUUCAGGACAAGGGUGGAAACGUAGUCGACACAUACAGUGAAGGCCGCGUAACUGCAACACUUGUCGCAGACGCAGGCCUUGGAGAACUUCUGCCGGCCAACCAGGUUUCCCAGGAAAUUCGGUAUGGAUAUGUACAUUUCGAUUCUCUGUAUAUAAAAGCGGCCGGGAUUGACUACCGUUUGGGCUUUAACGCGACGGGUUUGACCACUACCCUUGACGGGACCAACUAUGUCGAAUCCGAUCACUUCACCGUCGCUAUUGGUCCGGCGUAUCGGUUGGAGUUGGAUGUUGACAUCCUGGCUGGUGCCAUCGUCUCGGGGUCUCCGUUUGAGGAGCAGGUAAUGACGGAGGGAGUCGCAACUUUCAGUGGCUUAUUCCUCGACCGGGCGGGUCGAAACGUGAAGCUGCGAUUCUCACUCUACGAUUUCGACCGCGCUACCGGGGAUUGGAUCGAAGCCGGAGUUCACUUGGACACAGACUUUUUUCACGUGGGGGAGGGGACACCGACGGCACUGCACUUGGAACAGGACGUGGAUGGAGCGUGGGCCGGGGGUCGAGGGUUCAAGAAACAGCCAUACCUCACAGUUGCCGACGCCGGCGGUGGGACGAUUACAAUGGACAGUACCACCAUGGUCACCGCAAGCGUUACUCCCAGCCUGAUGGUAUACGCGGACACGAGUAGCGGCGGCACAGAGGGCCCCUACCUCUACCUAGGAGGUACCCGCGGCACGGACGGCUCGUCGGGCCUCCCAGCCGCCCUCAGCAACACCUCCGUUCUAUCGGCCGAUGAUGCCUCCGUGGCGGCGAUCGCCUCCGACGAAAUAACCUUCGUCUACACAGUGGAACUGGGGGACCAGAGCACCGACGGCGUCGGCAACUCAGUGGUUCUGGAGGCCGAAGGACAUUACGCAGUCCGCGGCGGGGACGCCCCGCUGGUGGAUCUCUUGGGGAGGGAAGCGAACGCAACCCUUCCCGGGGUAGGGGUGUGGUCCGACGUUAGCUUGUCUGGGGCAUCCUCCUUGACAAUUGAAGCGACCGAGCCGGUUGUUGUGGCUGUCGGGAGUUCGCUUCGCGGCGGGGAGUAUGGAGUUGGGCAGGUAAUCUCCUUCAGAGUCGACUUCAGUUUUCCGGUGGUGGUCAUUGUGAGAGCCGGGGCGUCUCCACCCCAGCUGAGCGUGGGUGGAUUCAACGAUAGUCUCAACGGAUCCUCAUCUACAGUGUUGGCGGAGUACGUUGAUGGAAGCGGCACAUCGGAGCUGCUGUUCGAGUACAUGAUCCAAGAGGGUGACACCACCGAGGGCUCCGCCCUGGGACUCACGAUCCCGAACGGCGAAAACGCCUCAAUCAUCCUCCCGGACACGAACCUCUUGUCUUCUGUGGCCAGCCCACAAAUACUGCAGAGGUCUUCUAGCCCUUCCCUAGCGGCGAACCUUUCCCUAGCAGGCGUGCCCGGUGGCGAGGAUGGGGGCACCGGGUUAGGAUCCGACGGCGGAAGCGUGACCGUCGACACCACGCCGCCUGAAGUGGACGUGGAGAGAGGGGUGGUGGUGACAGGGUACAACGUGGUUGAGGGGGACUCUGUGGACGUUCUCGACAUCUACGGCCGAAGCGCCAUCGACCUUGGGAACGACGGUUACAUCAGGCGUUACUCUACGAACCCCACGCAAGACGCGAACAUUGACUUGGCCGAGGCCAUUGCUGCCGGAAAAAGCCUCGCCAAAACCUCAACGAUAGCUCUCGACGGCGCCCCUCCCUACCCCGUGGGCGUGUCCUUGGCGCCCGAUACCCCCGACGGUGCCUCCUACGGCCUCGGAGAUGUUAUCCAAUUGGCUGUGACGUUUGACAAGAACGUAACAGUUUUCACCGGCAUUGAUGAUAACGGUGAUGUGUCUCUCCCCGUGCUGGUUCUGGACUGCACGAGGAUGAGAGAGGCGGUCUUCAACGGAGUAGGUAACGGGUCCACGACGUUGAACUUCCAAUACGAGGUACAAAUGGGCGACUACGCAAACAAUCUCGGCUACCGAUUCUUCCCCAAUGCUCUUUGCCUGGAGUCGGGGUGCCCGGACCGAUCAAGCACUUCCAUCCGAGAGCAGAAGGCCCGCGGAGGAAGUCGGGGCAUAGACGCUACCCUAGCACUGUCGAAUUCCCUAGGUAAUCGCGUGUCUGGCGUGCCCGUGGCGACAGAUGUAACCGUUGACACAUCUGGGUCAAGAGGGACGUACGUCGUCGGCCUGUCAACGGACACUGUGAACGGCACUUACGGCGCGGGACAGGUGAUUGACAUAACCGUCGAAUUCUCGGACGAGCUUCUGUUGGAAACGUCUGGCCUACGCAGCGGCGCGCUUCCUACCAUCCCUCUCAACAACGGUGGCGAGGCGCAGGUGGUGGCGGGAACUGGAACGAGAGAGUGGCUCUUCUCGUACACGUUUCUUGCCGCCACGUCAACAGGGGGUGUCAGCGGUAACGAAAGCGAUGUGCCGGUUCUUGACAUUGCCAACGACUCGUUUCCCCCGAUGAUAAACUGCACGGGAGGGUGCCGGGCGUCGAACUGGAACGGAGCGACGGCGAACCUGUCGCUGGAAGGGUUCAACCUUAGCCACGCGGGCAUCGAGCUAGAGUCGACUCCGCCCGCCGUGGUGGAGCUGUACAGCCCGAAGGAGACUUCACCUUGGGGAGGCGUUUAUACCGUUGGCGAAGAGGUUGGUUUGGUGAAGCUGCAGGGUUCAGGCGUGCAGGUUCAAUUUUUGUACACGGUGGACUACGGCGAUCACAGCCCCAACGUUACCUGGACCGGAUCGCUCUCGCUCGGUGCCAACGUCGGGGAUGGAGGGGAGGUUGGGGGGGGUGGUAGCGAGGAUUGGAUACUGCGGCGCUCUACGAACCCUUCGACGCCUGCUGAUGUGUCACUGCCGGACCCUGCCUACCCUUUAGCGAGGGGAGGAUCGACGAUCUAUGUGAACACCACUGGACGACCUCAGGAAGUUUUCGAGUACAAUGUUGUCGAGGGCGACCUGACCGACAGCCUAGCAUGCUCCGACCGACACGCUCUGGUGUUCGGUUUCAACGCUACGUUCGGCUCCUCGGGGUAUGAGGCCAAGCUGCGGUCGCUGGUCGCUCAAGCCUCGACGAACCCGACGGUGGCUGUGGACAGGGUGCUACCGUUCUACCCCGGAGAGGAAGGCAGCUUGUCGUUCAACUCCGACAUCGCCCUUGACGGGUCCACCCCUCAUAUACGGGAGAUUUUCUUCGCGGGAGAAAGCAACACCACGUAUCAAGGAGGCGACGUCGUACAGGUUGUCGUGCGGUUCUCCGCGCCAGUUGUGGUCUCCGGCGCCCCCGCUCUCAAGCUAGAGACUGGAGUCGUGGACCGCCAAGCGUUGUGGGUUAACACCACAGAGUUUAACUCUAGCGCUGCGGACAACGACGCGGUCGCCGAGGAAGUCGAGGGCGAUGACUACCUGUUGCUUUUCGAGUACCUUGUCGUGACCGGAGAUUCGGCGGGCGAUUUGGACUAUUGGGCCGACGACGACGGCGACUGGGCCGAUGACGAGGUGGAGGCUGAAUGGCUGUGGGACUGGAGGGAUGCCCGCGUGUCCUUCGUUCUCCCCACGAUCAAUAAUGGCAACGACAACACCACCAUCCCGUCGACAAUAAAACGGCUGAGCGCGAACCCGUCACUCGACGCCGAUCUGCACCUUAACCCCCCGGGAGGGAUGCUGAGCGGAACGAAUCGGGCAACAGCCUUUGGUGGGUGGUUUUUCUUCCGAGACCUCUUCGUGCGGACGCGGGGCAAGGGGUACAAGAUGGUGUUCGAGGCCUUUUAUUCCGAUUUGUUGCAUGUGGAUGCCCUGAAUUCCUUAUCGUCAUCGGCGACUUCCUCUUCGUCAGCUGCGGUUGGGAGUUCCUCAAGCAGCACCAGCAGCAGCAAUGGUAUAUUCGUGAAGGAGAGGGGGCUCGCGCUCAAGUCAUCGACUUUGUUUGAGGUGGGAUUUGCGGUGGAAUUCGAGGUGAUGAGCGAGGACUCGGAUCGGUCUGACCUGUUCGGUCGGGCGAUCUCAUUGAACGGCGGCUUGUUGUUGACCGGUGCCCCCAGGAAGCACAGAGAGGUGCCGGAAGUGCAGCUGAUCGUUUCCACUGGCACGGCCUCGGAGGUGCUGGUGAUCCCACGGCUGGGAAAGUCGCGGAACAUGCCCGCGGACGCGACGAUCGAGCAGGUGCAGGCCGGACUGAUGGAGGAUUUCCCGACUCUAGGUCGGAUGCUGGUUGUACGGGAGGAUUAUGCCUUCUGCGCGUGUGACGAUGGAUUCAUCUGGACCAUUACCUUCGACGAGGUUGGUGGGGCCAUCUCGACUACUACUGUACCAGCAAAGAGCAUAGGAACGUCGAACCAGUCGACAAGACACGUGCGGCGUAGUAUCGUGGAAGAGGAAAGUGCUACCUCCUUCUUGUCUGGCUGGAAAACGUUGUCGAUGGUGCCUAGAGUGCACUUCCGGCUUGAGCUGCAGUGCCUCAAGCCCCAUAAGGCCCACAACGAGUGUUAA